AUUUUUGCUAGUCGCAUAAAACAAAGAUCUCACCUCACACGAGCGACUUUUGCGAAAUCUAUUGGACAUAAGAUUGUUACUUUGCAGAUCUCUCAAGUUCCAAAGAAAUAGAAACCUGGAUUUGGCGGAAGUUAGGGAUAUUUAAGCAUUGUAAAAGAUAUAUGUUAGAAAAUACAAUCGAAAACAACAUUAAAUUUAGAAAAAGAGCCUAUAUGUUGAACCAAGUGUCCAAGUGAUUUUCUUUUGAUAUGUCUCGUAAGUAACAAUUACGAAAUGGAUCAACGUAGAUCAAACAGAUCGGCAAAGACGAAAAUCUGUAAACAAACAGACAACAUUCGUUGCAAAGAAAAGAACACGCAAAUCAAACUAGGAAUUAAUUAGGUUUUUUUGAAAUAGGCUUUUAUGUAUUCAUCCAAGGAUUUUUCUUGUUGCAGUUGUCUUUCUCUUGAUGAAAUUGCGAAUACUUUAGGGACUAUAAUAUAGUUCCAUUGCCAAACAUUGCUGUAAGCUCGUUUUAUCGUCAUGAUCCUUCUUUUUUAUAAAGAAAAAAAAAACAAAGAACAAAAAGUUUCUUACAGGUAUCCAAAAGAAAAACACACAUUUCUAUAUUUUUCUCUGUAAGAAUUGAAAGCCACAUGAGGUAACAACCAUGUUACCUAGUCUUCUUCCAUCUUGGACAGACCAACUCUUGUAAAUUUUCCUCAGCUUAAAAAAAAGAAAGGUUCUACAACACUUAUUAUUGUUCUUUUCUUUUUCUUUUAAAUCUUUUCUUUGUUUUAUUUUUGGUUUCCUUUAAAAAAUGUCUUUAGAAGCAAAUGUAAAGACAGCUAGAGAUUCUUUCAUUACUCUUCAAACCCUCUCUGUCAAGGAUCGCGAUGAAGCACUUCAUGUUAUUGUAGAAGAAUUGACAUCCAAAAAAGAUGCUAUUUUAAAAGCGAAUAUCGAAGAUAUGGAUGCUGCGAAGAAACAGAAUGAAGCUGGAAAGUUGAGCUCAUCGAUGUUGAAACGUCUUGACUUGUCUACUUCUGGCAAGUAUGAAUCCAUGGUUCAAGGUGUUUUAGACGUGAAAAACCUAGAAGAUCCUCUUGGCCGUGUUACAUACGGCUGUCGCCUUGAUGAUAAAUUAGAUUUGUACCGUGUUUCCUGUCCCGUUGGUGUUCUUUUGGUCAUCUUUGAGGCUCGCCCUGAAGUCAUUAUCAACAUUACCGCCCUUGCCAUAAAAUCUGGUAAUGCCGUUGUUUUGAAGGGGGGUACUGAAUCUACAAAGUCUUUUGCUGCAAUGUCCGAAGUCGUACGUUCAGCACUUUCUAAAACGAAAGUUCCACAAGGUGCAGUGCAACUUGUUCAAAACCGUGAAGAAGUUGCUCAGCUUCUCCAGUUUGAUCGCUAUAUUGACCUUGUUAUUCCCCGUGGUAGUGAUAAGCUCGUUCGAUACAUAAAAGACAAUACAAAAAUCCCUGUUCUUGGACACGCAGAUGGUUUGUGCUCCAUGUAUCUUCAUGAUGAUGCCGACAAAGAUCUUGCCGUCAAUGUCGUUUUUGAUGCUAAAACUGAUUACCCAGCUGGUUGCAAUGCUGUUGAGACCCUCUUGGUUCAUGAAAAUGCAUUGUCCACUGUGUUGCCGUCCGUUGCCGAAAAGUUAUCUCAAGCAUCCGUCGUCUUGAAGUGUGAUAGCCGCUCUUAUGAAAUUUUAGAAAAAAUUCCUUCCGUCGCAAAUUUACUUCAACAUUCUACAGAAGAGGAUUAUGAUACUGAAUUUUUGGAUUAUGUUUUGGCUAUUAAAACAGUCUCCUCCUUAGAAGAAGCAAUGGCACAUAUUAACACCCAUGGUUCCAAACACACUGAUUGCAUCUUGACUUCUAGUGAAUCUACUGCUAAUAAGUUUAUGUCUGGUAUUGAUGCUUCUGGUGUUUACUGGAACGCUUCAACCCGCUUUGCAGAUGGUUUCCGUUACGGCUUCGGUACUGAGGUGGGCAUUAGUACAAACAAGAUUCACGCCCGUGGUCCUAUGGGAUUAGAGGGUUUAACCAUUUAUAAGUAUCAACUUCGCGGAAGUGGUCAUAUUGCGUCUGCUUAUGGUGUGGGUCCUAGUAAGAUUCCAUUCAAACAUGAGCCCCUUAAUGUUCAUCAUAUAUCUGAGGUUAAUAGAUUGGAAGACUAACUUUUUUCCAUGUGGGUACUAUUCUACUUAUAACAAACAACCUUUUAUUGUCGCGUCUUUCUUUAUGUUUUUAUAAUUUUUCCCUAGAUAUAAUAAGUCAUAACUUGAAUUAGAUUUGCAGUCUGUAUAAAUAAAGGUAGUGUACAAUUCGUAGCAAAUUGUAAGG